AUGAGCUGUGUGGGGCUGUGCUUACUGUGGGAAAAGGACGGUGAGGUUCGCCAACGUCUCCGUGAGGAGAAGAAACUCAUUGUCCAUGGUGUUGGGGAGGAGUUCUGCCAACCGAACCGGCCGAAUUCCAUCAUGAAUGCUGCUGUACUUGGACCGGUUCUCCAACGGUUGUCCAAUGUGGACAAGUUCAAACUGCCACACUUAGAAGACUUGAAAGUUGAGAUCUACACCUUGUACGAGAAGUGCGCCUUACCCACACCCGAGCAGGUCAUCUACCAGGCUGCUGUAGAGUUGAAACGUUUGGUGGGAUUCAUCUCCAGGAGGGUCAAAAGGAAGGAGGUGACAAAGGACAGGAAGUUUCAUGAGCUGCUCCUUAUCCUUGAUCCUUCUUUGAAGGAUUUGAAAGCGCAGAUUGCCAAGAAGAAAGCCGAGUUGAAAGCGGAGAAGCUCUUCUUAGUUCGGAUGGAUCGCAAAGAGGCGGAUAAGAACUUGGGCAAUGCAGGUGUGCCAAGUGGUUCAAUGCCACCUCCACCAGUUCCACCCCAAAAGACCAAGCAAGGUGGCACACUCCCACUGACACCAGCUGGGGAUAUGGAUGAGACCUUGCCCAUGACUGACAGCGUGAUUGCAGAUGCUUCUUUUGCUUUCAAAAUGGAGAUGGAGGUUGAUGAUGUUGCAGAUGGUGAGGAUGAAGAGUACAUCCCCCCGACUCAACCCGAAGGGACCCAACAGGUGCUCACCCGUCGUGACCAACGAAAACUCAAGGAGGAGAAGGCGCUGGCCAAGAAGGAAGCCAAGGGAAAAGCCGAGGGGAAGAAAUCCAAGGGAAAGCUGAAGAAGGAUGAUGAUGAUGACACUGUGAAGCCGAGAUCCAGCCGGAGUCGAGCAGCCAAAGCUAGAGCAUCAGCUGAUGAUCCAGGAGAAGAGGAAGUACCCGAACCUGCAAAGCCCAAGAAGGAAGCCAAGUUAAAAGACAAAGUGAAAGCCAAAGGAAAAACACGUGCCAGUUGUGACCAGAUGGAUGAUGAGGACAACCAGGAUGAUGCUUGCCCCACUGACAACACAGAGGAGAAAACGGUGAAGCCAAAGCAGAGUGCCCCCAAGCGUGCAACAAAGUCCAAAGCUGAGCCGAAGAGCAAGGCACGAGCGAAAGCGAAACCAAAGGCGAAAGCAAAGGCAGCUGCAGAAAAGGUGAGUACCAAGACCAAGGUUGCCAAGAACAAGACCAAGAUUGCCGAGGAACAAGAGGAGGAGGAGGAAGAGAUCAGCACUCCCAAGAAACGGCUGUUUGAGGAGGAUGCAGAGUCUGAAGAUCAUGGCGAAGGUGAUCACGAAGGUGAAGAUGAAUCUCUCGAGAUUCCCGAUUCCUCCCAUGACCGCUUGGACAGAAAGUCAGGCAAAGUGAAACCUUUGAAAGAGAUCUUUGAGGACGAAGUGCCCAACACUUGGAAAGCCACCCGCCCAAAGAAAGCCCAAAAGACAUGUCAUGCAGCCUCAGCCGCAUCCCGAGAGGUGGAAGAGGAGGCAGACAAGCCUAAGAGGAAGUCCCGUGCCCAGCCAAAGAAGCCAGCCAAGAGAAAGCAAGAGCUUUCCCCGUUCACCAAAAAGGAAAAGAACCGCCGACAGAAAAAGGAAAAGGAAAACAUGCAGUCCACACCCAGUGAGGAUCUCACGGUUCAAGGGAUCUUUUUGCAGCACUUGAAGUGCACAAGCAAGCUCACACCCAGCGAUGUCAAGAAGUACUUGUACCAGAAUGUUGAGCACAAGUUUUGGUUUGGCAAGAUCAAUCCUUACUUCACCCGGGCAACUUGUGGUGUGCAGUACCAGCUGGAUGAUAAGUCCACAAAGCUCUCCGAGAUUGUCUACUUUGGCAAUACCUUCAGAGCUCUCCCUGACUUCCAGGCUCAGAACGUCAUGGCCUGUGUCACCGGUUCACUCAUGGCUGGUUGGUUGAGCGAUUUGGACAGGGAGGAAGUUCUACAGUACCAGGACCCCACAUCGAAGAUCCAGGCCAAAGUCGCGUUUUUCAAGUACAACGCCAAUCUUGCUGCAGCAAAGUUUCUCAAUAGUCUGACCAUGCAUGCCGCCGUUGAGAGGCAAUCGAUGGGUGCUGGUAUUGGCAGUUCUGCUCACAACGUGGACUCACAUUCCGUCCGCGAGCUGGCAGGGGAAGCCCAAUGCACACUGAAUUUCAGGGAAGCAAAUUUGCGAUCCGCCCGGUUGGAUCUUUUGUAUAUGGAAAAUGGGCAAAAGGGCGACAAGAACCCGAUGGACUUGUGUUCGGAUGCUGGAUUUGUGACAGCCCUGGCCACCGUGAUGCGUGGCGAUUACACGAACGGAUUCUUAGCCCAUUUCGGGUUAAAGUGCUCUACCUGGACAAGUGUCAAUGCUGGCACGUCGUCCCGUUCGGCUUGCAGUUCAGUCGGGAAUUGCAACCACCCCAGUGUGAGAGAGGGUAACUGUUUGGGGUCCCGGAUGAUACUCUUGAUGAUGGUGGUGGUGUGUCUCAAUGGAUGCAUUACCCUGGAACAACCCUAUUCCAGCUUCUUUGAGUUCUAUCCCCGUUUCAGGGAGCUGGUAUGCUUGCUUCAAAAAUGGGGCGGUCCCGAUGCAGUACACAAGGCAUCGUGGUACAUGCUGCACUAUGGAGGACCGACCCCGAAGCGUCACUACGCUUUUAGCAACUCAAGGACGGUGGGUCGUUUCUAUGCUGGACAAUUGAAGAACUGGAAAAACAUCAAGAAGGUCCUCCAGAAAAAAGGUCUUCUACCAACCCUAGUGGAGAAGUACACGGAUGGCGAAGGAAAGAAGCGUUGGAAGGGGACAAAGAAACUUCGCUCCAGUGAGAACUACCCGAAAGCGUUCGGAAAGAAGAUGGUCGAUUUGUUCCGGGGCCUCGUUGCGGACAAGAAAGGGAUGCCACCACUCCCAAAUAAGAUUCCCAGCAUUGAAAAAAUGUUUGCUUCGAUGGAGUUCUCGGAUCUUUGGGGUGAAGCACACAUGACCGGCGUGUGCCACUACCUCAGAUCUGGAAAAUACUUAGUGAUUCUAGAUAGUUUCAAAGAUCUUAUUCCAAAAAAGCUGUGA